CUUGAUCAGCAAGCCCAAAAAAUCUCGGGUCCAAAAUCUGAAAUAAUCCAAAAAUGAGUCGCUUCAAAUCUGAGAGAGAGAGCUGCUGUUGUCGUACAUCGUUCUUUCAGGAAGAUCAAUCCAACCAAACAUGCAACAGGGUACCGGAGGAUCUGAGACGGAGGUUACUUGGGAGGAUCAACAGAAUAUUAAUAAGUUUGGAAGAUUAAACAAUCGAUUUCAUGAGCUUGACGAUGAAAUCAAGGUUGCCAAGGAAGCAAUUGAUAACCUGGAGGAUGCUAGUAAUGAGUUGAUUUUAACUGAUGAGGAAGUAGUACGGUUCCAAAUCGGAGAAGUCUUUGCCCAUGUCCCCAAGGAGGAAGUGGAGACCAGGAUAGAAGAGAUGAAGGAAGUGAAUAGCAAGAACUUGGAAAAGCUCGAGGAGGAGAAAGAAUCGGUUCUGGCACAAAUGGCUGAGUUGAAGAAGAUUUUGUAUGGGAAGUUCAAGGACUCCAUCAAUCUUGAAGAGGAUUAAUCCCCUUGGUUUGCUUUUCUUUACCUUUUAAGUUGGAUUACUACUUGCUUGUGAUUGAUAUCAGAGCUUUGGUCAUCUUUCUUUUUCGAUUUUAGGGUUUGUCACCCUAAACUUCCUGGAUAUCCUCUUUGACAUGAACCUAUAGACAGAUCAAUGAAUGAAAUGGUGUUAUGAA